AUGGCAAAGUUAAUAGUACAUAUUGCAUUUUUCAUCUACUGCCAGGCUGCUGCCCCAGCCGCACCUCGAGCAGGAGUGGCAGAUAGAGCACUAGCUGCGGAGAUUACCACAGAUUAUAAAGCUAAUGAAUUAUGGGAAGACGGUCGAUUAAUAGCGACAACAAAAGUAGAAGAAUCAAUAUUGAUGAAUUGUGGCACAGUGGAGGAUGGACGAUUGUUCAUUUUGGAGGAGAAACCGUUUCUAUUUGUGUGAAACUCUCUUGACUUGAUAAAGUGAAAUCAGGAGAAUUGUAAAUGUGCAAGUGAUAAAGAUCGAUGUGCAAAUGAUAAAAUAAGAGAUUUCUUUUUAUCUAUAACACUAUUUCUGAUUUAUCUUCCCAAAAAUAAAUUUUGAAGGA